GAGAAAGAGAGGGAGAGGGCUGUGUAUUUUCAGCCACACGCUGACAGCUGUGCAGCUACCCCACGUACGUGCUCAUAUCUGGAGGGACAGUGGGAGAGAGAGGGAGAGAGAGACCGACGUCCCUGGGUUGGUUUUUUUUUAUUUUGCAUCUUUGGCUCUGCAGACUCGUGCGUGACAUAUCUCGCUCUCGGAUUUCCCAUCAACUUUUUGUGUGUGUGUGUGUGUGUGUGUGUUUUUUUUUCUCAAUUGUUGUUGCGGUUUUUAUACUGUUUUCCUUGUCGCAUUCCUCCGUCCUCUCCCUGGAAUGAACAGUUUUCCUACCCGCAUCGUUUCCAUGUCAGCAUGGGAACUGCCGUGUCCAAAAGGAAGAAUUUAAGAAACGAUGCGAUAUCUUCUGUGGCAGCAAAAGUUAGAGCAGCACGAGCAUUUGGAGAGUACCUGUCCCACACGCACCCUGAAAACCGAAACGGAUCAGCUCAUCUUCUGUGUGAAACAUUGGUGGGUCCCGACCCGGAGUCGCCAGGUGACACCAUUGCCCCCAACAACAACAACAACCACCUGCAUUCCUGCUCCAACACCACCAAGGGCUGUGAGGACAACCGGGAGUCUGGUGUGGUGAAAGCCCCACUGGGUUUAGUCCAGCCACCUCUCCCUUCCAUCACCAUCUCUACCAAGCCAGCACGGCUGUCCCUCGAGCGCAGCUUCUCAGCUGAGGAAGACCAGCAGAAGUGUGUAGAGUGCACCCUGCAGCCUGCCCGCGUGUACACCAUCACCACCCAGCGCGGUAUGCUGAUGAGCAGCGGCCGGGGCAGCAAGGAGAGCCUAGAACUGGACGUCCUGAAGGAGAAGUCGGGGAGUCGCGGGGUGGGAUCCAGAGGUGGCUUGAUCCAGCCCUCCACUUCCCCUUCCUCCACCUCAUCGUCUCCAACCCAGUACCACCAUGCCAGCAGUGGCCGUGGCACCAGCCACCAUCAUGGCAACCAUCACCACGGUAACCAUCACCAUGGGAACCACCACGGCGUCUCAGGCACCAGUGCGCCCUCCAGCAGUGGAGGAAGCGGUGGGGCAAGUGGAAGCAGCAGUAGCAACCAGCAGCAGUCUUUAGCCGUCACUGGAUCCCACUCCCACCAUGCAUCACACCACAGCCACCACCAUCACCUGUCUCAACCCCCACUGCAGACCUCCGUCAGCGCCCACAACAUCCGCAGCUGGGGUGAGGGUGGAAAAGGGGAUGCGGAGUGCAGCGGGCUGGCCUGUGACUCAUGCAGCGGCACCCCCUCGAGGAGCCAGGGCUCCCUGGACCUGGAGAGCACAUCCCGAGAGGCAGGCAAGCAGCACCGACGCCUAGAGCGGAUGUGGAGUGUGGACCGGAUGACUGGGCUGGAGAGAGAGGACACUAACUGGUUCCCCAAGGAAAACAUGUUCAGCUUUCAAACUGCCACAACAACCAUGCAGGCGUGAGUGGCUUUCCGGGGAUUUGUGCAGAGAAAAAGGAGAGAGAGGGAGCAGAAUUCAGCAGAAGUCAUCCAGAGGAACUUCCGGAAGCAUCUUCGGAUGGUGGGCAGCAGAAGGAUUAAAGCACAGACAUUCGCUGAGCGUAGAUCGAAGAGUUUCAGCCGUUCCUGGAGUGACCCCACCCCUGUCAAGACUGACUCUCCUCAUGAACCCAGAGACAGCGGAGACCUACAGGCCUCUUGUGGUACCCUGGAUGAAGGAGGCGUUGAUGACAACUUAGACUGGGAGGAGGAGAGAGAGAUGGAGAGGCAGGCCUGUGAAGGAGAUGAUUUUGUACCUCCUAAAAUCAUGCUGAUCUCUUCGAAGGUCCCCAAGGCAGAGUAUGUUCCCACUAUAAUCCGCAGGGAUGACCCCUCCAUCAUCCCCAUACUCUAUGACCAUGAACAUGCAACUUUUGAUGAUAUUUUGGAGGAAAUAGAGAAGAAGCUCACAGCUUACAGGAGAGGAAGCAAGUUCUGGAGGAUGCUCAUCUUUUGUCAGGGAGGGCCCGGUCACCUGUAUUUACUGAAGAAUAAAGUGGCAACCUUUGCUAAGGUGGAAAAAGAGGAGGACAUGAGCCAAUUCUGGAGGAGGCUUAGUCGCUUCAUGAGUAAAAUCAAUCCCGAACCCAACCUCAUCCACAUAAUGGGAUGCUAUGUCCUGGGUAACCCUAAUGGAGAGAAGCUGUUCCAGAAACUGAAGAAUCUGAUGAGGCCUUAUUCUGUAGAGUUUGAGUCGCCGCUGGAGCUGUCAGCGCAGGGCAAAGAGAUGAUUGAGAUGUACUUCGACUUCCGCCUCUACCGACUUUGGAAGACACGCCAGCACUCCAAACUCUUGGACUAUGAGGAUUUUUUGUGACGAAGACACCUGGACAACUGGUGCAGCGGAGCCCUCCGGCCCCACGACGAGAGACCUGAUAAAACCGAUCCAAUGACUGAACAAUGCUCAACUGUAGUGCUCGACCCGCCAACUUAAUAAUAACAAUCAUUCCUGCUUUCAUCCGGGAGAGGAGAAAGAGGCAUGGCGGGAUAAGGAGGCUGAGGACAAACAAAAACAUGCUGUGCCUCGGCUCCGCCUCAAUUUCAGAGUGAGGAUCAAAGACGAACAAAAAGGGCCAAAAAAAUACGCAUAAAAUAAAAAACUGGAGGAAAAAGCAGAGACAACUGGACUAUACACAUCUUAGUCACCAACUCUCUUUGCCUCCUGAGUUUGAAAGCAAAAAGGAAAAUCUAAAAUUGUGUAAAAAAUAAAUAUCAUCUUAGUCACACCUCUGUUGUAAGGACAAACUUCUUGAAGCUGAUGUGCUUCGGAAAAAAGAAAAAUUGCUGAAACUCAUUCCGUCAUAACGUGGUUCUGUGUUUUGACUGGACCUCUCAGAUGAUCCCAGAACCUGGAGACGUACAUACAUAAAUAACCCAUAUGUCGAUGUGUGUGUAUAUAUAUCACAUGAAUAUAUUAGCAUAGCUUUAGUCAUGCAAAUAAUACUCCAUAUGAGAAUAAUAAUGCAUCAUUUAUUUUUGAUGUGCAUUGUUGUGCAGUUUCAUAUGGAAAUACUUUGGAAUAACUCAGGUUUUAGCCAUGAAGUAAUUAAUCUGUUUGUCUAUUCUAUCAAGAUAUUGUAAUCUUCAUCUCCAUUGCUUGGAAUGAAUGUAUUAUCUCUCUAGAAAUGUAUUUUCAGUUUGAGGAAUUGAGCUUCAUGUUUUGGUAAAAAACAAAACAAAAAAAACAAUGGAUAAUAUGCUGAUUUCUGUGUGUGAGCGUGUGCGUCUGGAUGUGUUUUCCAUGUAGAAAAAAGAAAACGUGCAGAUGAGUUGUGCGUAUUUUUCUCUCUCUGCUUCUGUUAAAGCAAAAGUAAUUGUUUAACACCUUCAUCCCCCAAUUUCUGUCACAAACACACAAAGACAUUGUAGUAUGAUUCAUGAUGUCAAGAGGGAUGUAACAGCCAUCCAAGUGCUCCUAGCCCUGUAGUGUAGGAGUUGCCCUAUUGAUCCCUCCUGCUCCUUCGCAGAAGGUUCAGGCCACUUAGUCAGCCCCUGUCAACAGUGCCAGCUGCUCUCACUAUCUGCCAAACACUCUUGGCUUCUCUUAAUGGCAGCCAAACGAGCUUCCGCCACCUCUCACUUCACUGGGCUGUGAUCCAGUCUGAGGACCGGAGUUCUCCGAAUUAAACAGAACUGCCAGGAGUUUAAGCUGUUAACAGACAUCUGCUGCCCCUGUCAGCUAGUUAAAAGGCCAGAAAUAUGCACUGAGUGUGUGUCUGAGAUGGUCACACUAUGACCUGAGAUGUCUCAAAUAGAUUAGGGAUGGUUAAAUGUGGAGAGCAGCAGCCGAACAGCAAUCUGAAACAAUGUGCAAGCGCUCACUCGCACACACACACGCGUAAACAAAACCCUAGGGCUAGGACGAAAACUUCAAGAAAUCAAUAAAUCAGGAGAAAAUUAAAAAAGUAACUGUCCACAGAUUUUAAAAAAUGAGGUUCAGUUACCUUGACAUGAUGAGUACUACUAGCCUGUGGAAACAUUUAUAUGACCCCAUUUGUCCCUAGAGGAGCAAAGGGUUUAAGUCAAGGAAGUCCUCUGUCGGGGAAAUUUCUUAAGUUGGCGUUUUUAUCAGGGUUAUCUCAGCUUCAGCUUGAGACUUCAAACUUAUUACAGGAAGCAAUGCAUCACAAACUGUGCAGAAAGGUGUGGGAGUUUACCUGGCAGGGGAGGUCUAAUGAAAGACACACUAGUUGAAUUAUGGGAAGUGUAGGAUUCAGGGUUUGGGGGGCUUGACUAGCUACUACAGACUUAAAGUCAGGAUAUCUAAGCACUCAUAAGCCCCCAAACUUUACGGAAAUGCCAUACUAAAAUCACUUAGAACCCUAUCUUUUUCCAUUUAUAUUCAACAGAAUGGUCAUUAAAUUUUGCCUUAUGUAAUCACAUCUAAACUGGUGAUACUCCAAAAGCACAUAAAAUCUCCAAUACUCUAGCCUCAGCUUACCAUUUCAUUUCUCAGGUUGACAUGCUCCUGCUAAAAGGCUCCGAUGUAGGCAGACAUGCGUAUAUAUGCGUCAACCUUAGAAAUAAGCUGAGGCCGGAGUAUUCAGCUUUUGUGCUUCUAGAUUGCUGUUAUGAAAGUCUUUGUGUCCGCACUUUUCAAAAUGCUGCCACAUUUCAGGCGUGAUUUUAUGACUGUGGCAACAAUCCAAGGAGACAUUGCUAAGUCACGCUACAGCUCGCUGCUCCGCCAAUCACAGCAGUGUCCCACAAUGACAUCAGCCCCUGAAUGUCAGCAAAACAUUGCUGUAGAGCAACACGGCUAAGUGUGCUUUAAACCCAGUCAGUGAAUGUUCGCAUAGGCUGUAGGCGUGCAGAAAGUUUACACAGUGCAUAUUUAUUUAAUAGAUGUCGGUGGUCCCAGCCCUGCAUAACACAUGCACACCCAGGCAUACACACAGACAACGGUAUUCUGCAUCUGUGUAUGGUAAAACACUUUUCCAUUUGUCAUUAUUUGUGUGGAUGUGUUAAUAUUUGAAGCAUUAUGUGCAGACUUUUUUGUGUUAAAGUCAACCAGUCUCACUGGAGUGCUCUCUAGCUCUCUACUAGCAGAACUCUGGUUUAUUUUUUAUUUGCUUUUGCCCUCUCUCUGACAUUGCAGUGCAGGCCUACAGUUUGUCUGGCACAGACAAGUGCUCUCUCAGCCUGAGUCACGCAGUACAUGUUUUCACUUCAGAUUUAAAAUUCAACAGUUACACGACCUGUCAUAUCAUUAAACCAUUUUAAUUCCAGCCGAAGCAUUAAGCUGCCAAAUUAUCAAAGAUGUUGCCCUCAACAGCUGCUGGGUUUAAUGGAAUAUUUUUUUCUUUCAGAUUCGAUACAUGGACACUGGUUAAUUUAAAGCAAAGCAGCAAUGUGAUGGAUUCAGUCAAUUCAUAAAGCAUUUUUCUUAUGCCAUAGAAAACACUGACAAUAAUCUCAUUUCCAGUCUAUAAAGAAGUUACUGAUAAUUAAUCUUCUGUUUGAAUUUACUGGGCUGAACUGACUAUACCGUGAAGAGCACUCUGACUCAGGAGUUUGAGAGAGCUUUCUUGUUUUCUUCUUCAGCAAAAAAACCCCAUCAUUUCACCGGAAAUCUAAUUAAAGAUGCAAACAUG